UGGUUGCUGCGUAAUUUGAUUGAAAAGUGCCCAAUUUCUUUUAGCGGCUCUAGUAGUUAGAACGCGGAACUUCUAUAUUCAACUAUACAAUCACGUGCUUAUCCGUGCGUGGUUCAUCAAGACGCCUUGCUUACCGUGACUGUCUCUCCAUCAUCGACAAGAACGGGAAACAAUAAAUAUGCCUGCCAUCGAAUUCGGCGUAAGCUUCACCGUGCACGUGGAUACCGGCCAACAGGACAGUUCACAGCCGCUGUUCCCAACUUCCGGACAUCAGUCUACCCGUCCGGUACCAACAGUGUCUCGUGCCUUCGAUCAACAAACAAGCCUACGGCGGGGAGCGCUCCGAGAUAAGGGCUCCAUUGACGACAUACUGCACUGCCGACGUCAGCCCAGCCACGAUGCCCGCUUUGGGUGACUGAUACUGGCUGAGUAGGAAGAAGAAACGAUCUUUGUCCGCGGCGUCUUCUCCUCUGAGCAGCCGGUCCCGUUACAAGGCACGCACUUGCCUGCCCAUCCACUACUGACACUGAAGCUUCUAGAGCAAACAAGGGAGGCAGGCGCUCAUCGGCCCCUUGUUGCUUCCUGACGAGCCUUCUACGCUCCACGUCGGCCUUGCACCGCCGACGUCUGCUUCUUUGACGACGUCGAGGUGGGAGAGGAGAUCAUCUUGCCGGGAUUACAGGCUGCGCGUCUGCGCCGACCGACAAACCUGGCUCCCGCUCUCCGCUGGCUCCUUGGCCGGGAAGACGACAGGUUCACCAUGACCUUGGUUCACAGAGGCUACGUCCAAGUGCUGCCGGCCGGCACAUCGACCACCAAGAUCCAGGCUUCUAAUCGAAAUCGACAUCAGCAGUUGACUCCGAAACGAGCACAAGACUUGUUCUUCCCGGCUAUGAUCCCUGAGCCGGACUACAGCGACUCCGAGGACGAGCGCGAGCAGCAGCGGCGGCGACCCCCCGUGAGGAUGCCCGGCAUGGCGGCCGCCCACCCUCACCACAACGAGGCCCAGUUGGCGCACGUGAACGACGAGGGCCUCAUCGUGCCCCGCAAGCUGCCCAACCCGUGCGCCGAGUCGGCCGAGCGAAAGAGCCUGCACAGGGAGCUGCUCUUCAACCAGAAGAUGGGCAAGAGCGUGCUGGGCCAGAAGAGCGAGCUCCAGAGGGCCAUGGAGAAGAUGAAGGACGAGCAGCGCCGGAAAGAGUUGGAAGAGGAGCGAGUCAAGGGGCGCACGGCGCUCGAGAAGCGACUCGAGGAGCAGGCCAACAAGCUCAAGCUGCACGAAGAGACAGAGGUGAUAAAGACUGACCUGCCCAGCUCUGAAGAGUCAGAGUUCCUGCGGGUGCACGCACGAGUCUGUUCCCACACAUUGCCCGUUGACUCCAAGUCGUAGUUGCAUUGGCCUGUCCUUCAGCAACCGCUGCUGCCGAUGUCAUAUCUCGUCGAAAGAGACCACCCAUGUACAUAGUCCCCAGUUUUUUUUUUCAUUUGCCUUCCUUUAUCCCUGGUCCUUAUUAACAGACAUGCGAGAGCAGAUGGCCUGAGAAAGGCCCUCUGCGAGUCUAUUUUUGUGCUUGACGAGCCUUUGUCAUAGGAAGAGCUUUGAGAGACGCGAUGCAUAGCUACACCGCAGGCCGCUGUGUGGUGUUACUAAAUGCUUGCAGUCAUUACCGUAGGUGUUACGCCUUUUUGAACCUGAUGAGAAAAAAAAAAUGAUGCUGUUGACUAGUGUGUUUCAUGAGUACCAUUAAAGAGAAUCUUGGAGAUUUCUCUGAACCAGUUGUCUUUGCAGUCCCUCACUUCAUUAUUUGUCACUCGAGAGUAUUUUUUUAUUGCGUCACAAUAAACAAGAGUCCAAGGUUU